CAAACAUACAAUACAAUCCCAACACCUACACACACGCAAACUAACACGGUAACAACCAAUCAAACGAACCGACACUUCACAGGAACAGACACAUUUUUAGCCACCAACACACGUAACACACGACUUAUACAAAACCUGAUAGACCUCGGAGCAUCACCAAGCGACAGAAACGUAUACGAAGAUCCACACAUAUACAGCACACAGUCAAUACACCCCACAAACACAAACCACACAUCAAACCCAAACAGUACAUACUGGAAUCAGCCAGCAAUGGCAAUGAAAACAAUACAAACAUGGAGCAUAAAAUACUCAGGAAACACAAACGAAGACAUAGACGAAUUUUUACAAAAUCUCCGCGACUACCAAACGGGUUAUGAAAUACACGAUACACAAUUAAUCAACAACCUCAGCCCGAUACUCGAAGGUGACGCAAAAAACUGGUACAGAUUAAAUAGAGGCAAAUGGCGAACACUGGAAGAAUUCGAAAGAGACAUUACACACGCAUUUCAAGACAUACAACAUAGGGACAGGCUGGAACAAAAAAUCAGAAACUACGUACAAGGACCAACACAAAAAAUCACACAAUUCCUAAUACAAUUUAGAACACUACUAUCACAACUAAAACCACCAUACCACCCACGAACACAAUUAGACUUGGCAUACAGAAACAUGAAAAUAGAAUACAAGGCAUACAUAAAACCAUACGACUUCGCGAACUUCGACCAACUGGAAAUGGCCGCAAAAGAAUGGGAAGCAAAUAUCGAAUGGGAAAACACGAGACAAACAAUAUUAAACAACUACACACACCCGCGAGAAACCUACACACACCAAACACACCACACACAAUACAUCCCAUACAAGUACACACAAACACAACCCCGCCCAGCAAUACUCCCAACACCAAAUAUACCACCGGCACUCACAGACAACAUACGACGAAACCAAACAAACCAAAACACGCAACAGACUCGAUACCCCGCAAUCACGUAUAACUCACCGCACUACACUCAGCAACAAACACAAACGAACCCAAACACAGGCACAACACCACGCAGAUGCUUUAACUGCAACCAACCCGGACACUUCAGAUGGCAAUGCACACAAACACAGAACCAGGGAAACGAGUAAGGGUUGACCCAGCAAGGGUGGAGGGCAA